UCACUGCCUGCCUGGCACAGCAUGGCAUUUGGACUUGGUGUUCUCUGGCUGUUACUAUGGGCAAUACCAGGUUCCAGCUGCGAGCAGUGCCGAGAAGGAUCCAUGUACUCGGAUGCAGUAAUAUCUCCCAACUUAGAAACCACCAAAAUUAUGCGAGUUCCUCACGCUGUGUCAGUGUCUGACUGCAUAGCAGCGUGUUGUGACCUCUCUGGGUGUGACUUGUCCUGGAUGUUUGAACGACGCUGUUACAUCGUGAACUGCCAACACAAAGAGAAUUGUGAACCUAAAAAAAUUAAAACUGUGAAGUCCUAUCUUACUUUUGUGCUGAGGCCUUCUAAGAGGCCAGCCUCACUGCUAGGAUUUGGGCAAGUCAUCCCAAGUAUGGUCAUGGGACUCCAGAAUGAGCUAUCUGAGGAAGUGAGUAACCUGAAGGAGCUGUCUUUGCAUAGCAAAGAUCCCAGACUUGAGGAGAUACCCGAAUACAUCGAUGAUUAUAAAGAGUUGGAGCAGGACCCCUUUCAGGUGAGCGUCAAACAUGAGCAGAAGGAGAGCACGGAUUAUGCUGACUGGGGCCUGGUGGUGGCAGGUGAAAAAGGAUUCAACUCUUCAGUGGGUGAUGAUGGAGAUAAACAGGAAGACUUUGCUGAAAAGAAAAAGGAGACUGGGAAAGUGGAAAGCCUUCUCAGUAGAAACAGCUCUGAACUAAACUUUGUCACUGAACACUCCAUAGAAAGGUUAUCAUCUCUCUCAGAGGUUACACCAUUCCCUAGGAAGACAUCUGAAGGCAAAACAGCUGUUCAGCUUCUUGCACAACCUGAUGAUGCUUUGCAAAAAGAGAUUGCUGUGCCUUCCCCUUCUUCAGACGAACUGGAUUUCUCCUCAGGUGUGUCAGAUAAAACCCAGACUCCCACAAUGGCCCCAGAGAAUAUCACUGAAGGUGCAGUCACGCUUCUUCCCACUAAUUCUGUGUCAUCUGGUCCCAUGCAGCAGUCCACACCACCUGCUGCUGCUAGAGCAGUGAAAGAACUUAUUGUGUCUGCUGGAGAUAACAUAGAAAUGAUGCUACCCAAAAAUGAGGUUGAACUGAAUGCCUUUGUUGUCCCACCACCACCUCUAGAAACGGCCUACACCUAUGAGUGGAGCUUGAUCAGUCACCCUGCUGACUAUGGUGGUGAAAUGGAGCGCAGGCACGGCCAGACCUUGAAGCUCUCUCAUUUAUCAGUGGGACUGUAUGCCUUCAAGGUGACGGUUUCUGCUGAAAAUGCCUUUGGUGAAGGUUUUGUAAAUGUCACUGUCAAACCAGCAGUCAGAGUUAACCAGCCACCUGUUGCUGUUGCUUCACCUGAAGUACAAGAAGUUUCUUUGCCUACAACUUCUACCGUCAUAGAUGGCAGCCAAAGCAUGGAUGAUAUGAAGAUAGUGAGUUACCACUGGGAGGAAAUUAAAGGUCCAUUGCGAGAGCAGAAAGCAUCUGCAGACACACCUGUCUUGCACUUGUCUAACCUUGUUCCUGGAAACUACACUUUCAGACUUACAGUGAUUGAUUCAGAUGGAGCAGCAAACUCCACCAUUGCAUCUCUGACUGUCAACAAAGCAGUGGAUUAUCCACCUAUUGCCAAUGCAGGACCUAAUCAGGCAGUCACCUUGCCCCAGAACUUCAUCACACUAAAUGGAAAUCAGAGUAGUGAUGACCAUGAAAUUAUCAGCUAUGAAUGGUCACUCAGUCCCAAAAGCAAAGGCAAGGUUGUAGCAAUGCAGGGAGUGCGGACACCAUACCUCCAACUAUCUGCCAUGCAGGAAGGAGAUUAUAUGUUUCAGCUGACUGUCACAGAUUCUGCAAGGCAGCGGUCUACAGCUGAGGUCACACUGAUCGUACAGCCUGAAAAUAACAGUCCUCCAGUAGCCGUGGCUGGUCCUGACAAGGAAUUGACCUUCCCAGUAGAAAGUACUACACUGGAUGGAAGCAAAAGCCAAGAUGAUCAAGGCAUUGUCUUCUAUCAUUGGGAAAAUAUCAGUGGACCAAGCUCUGUACAGAUGGAAAACAGCAACAAAGCAAUAGCAACUGUGACUGGUCUUCAGGUUGGUACCUAUCGCUUCAGGCUAACUGUGAAAGACCAACAGGGCUUAAGCAGUGCAUCUGUGCUAUCUAUUACUGUGAAGGAAGAAAACAACAGUCCACCCCAGGCACGUGCUGGUGGGAAGCAUGUUCUAGUGCUUCCAAAUAACUCUGUUACCUUGGAUGGCUCGAAGUCUACUGAUGACCAGGGGAUUGUGUCGUAUCUGUGGAUUCGGGAUGGUCAAAGCCCAGCAGCUGGGGAUGUGAUCCAUGGCUCAGACCAUGAGGCAGUGCUGCAGCUAACUAAUCUGGUAGAAGGAACAUACACUUUUCACUUGGAAGUGACAGAUGCCAAUGGAGACUCAGAUACUGAUUCAGCAACUGUUGAAGUGUGGCCUGAUCCCAAAAGGGGUGGUCUGGUAGAGCUGAUUCUGCAAGUUGGAGUGGGACAGCUGAGUGAACAGCAGAAAGACACCCUGGUGAGACGUCUGGCUGUACUGCUCAACGUUUUGGAUUCAGAUAUCAAAGUUCAGAAGAUACAAGCCUACUCAGAUAUCAGCACUGCAGUUGUGUUCUACGUGCAGAAUGGGCAUCCUUCCAAGGUGAUCAAGGCAUCUGAAGUCUCAAGAACUCUGAACAUGCAGCUUUUGAAAGAGAAGGCUGACUUCCUACUCUUUAAAGUCUUGCGGGUUGACACUGCUGCCUGUUUUUUAAAAUGCUCUGGACAUGGACACUGUGACCCCAUAACAAAACGCUGCAUUUGCUACCAGUUGUGGAUGGAAAACUUGAUUCAUCGUUACCUAAAUGGUGGAGAGAGUAACUGUGAGUGGAGUAUACUCUAUGUGACUGUAUCUGUUUUUAUUUUGAUUGUGGUCGUGGUUGGAUUUGCCUGGUUCUGCAUCUGCUGCUGCAAAAGCAGAAAGAGGACGAAGAUAAGAAAGAAAACAAAAUAUACCAUCCUAGAUAACAUAGAUGAUCAGGAAAGAAUGGAGCUACGACCCAAAUAUGGUAUAAAACACAGAAGUACAGAACACAACUCCAGUCUGAUGGUCUCUGAGUCAGAGUUUGACAGUGAUCAGGACACUAUCUUCAGCAGAGAAAAGAUUGAGAGAGAGAAUCCUAAAACCUUCAUGAAUGGAUCCAUCAGAAAUGGAGUUUCGUUCAGCUGCAGCUCCAAAGACAGAUAA